CUCAGGGAGGUGUUUCCAUGGUACGAGCUAGUGGAAUCGUGUUAAUUUCAGAAGUCAUCAUGGCGUUCACUUCCUCAGAUCAAGAGCACCUGUUUGGCCAUUUGAUUGAAACAUUACAGAGUAAAAAUAAUGAAGCUCGAAAAUAUUUCAACCCUCUGAGGCUUGAGGAUCCCAAAUAUGAGAGGCUGCCCUUCUCUAUUCGGGUGCUGUUGGAGGCUGCUAUCCGCAAGUGCGAUGGCUUCUAUGUAAAGCAGGAGGAUGUACAAAAUAUUCUGAACUGGGAAGAGCGACAGAAUGAGGCUGAGGUCCCCUUCUCUCCAGCACGAGUGCUGCUACAGGACUUUACGGGCAUCCCAGCUAUGGUAGACUUGGCAGCCAUGAGGGAUGCUGUGGCCAAGAAUGGAGUUGACCCCACGCUCAUCAACCCCAAAUGUCCUACUGACCUCAUAGUAGAUCAUUCGUUACAGAUCGACUUCAGCAAGUGUGCUAUCCAGAAUGCCCCAAACCCCGGUGGAGGUGAUGUACAGGGGGCAGGCCCUCGUUCAGGCUCUGCCCGACCGUCCCCGCGGGGGCCUCAACUUGGCACUCAGUGUGGGAGCCGGCACGGAAGCUGUGCUAAAGGCUCCUGCAGCGACACCCCGUCCGGCUCCGGCAGACCCCCUGCAGUGCAGAUCGAGAACACGCCACUUCUCUGCCCUUUCCACCUGCAGCCUGUCUCUGAGCAAGAUACAGCACUCAGGAACCAGGAAAUAGAGCUCAUAAGAAACAAAGAAAGACUUCAGUUCUUCAAGUGGUGUUCUAAAGCAUUCAAGAACGUGAGUGUGGUUCCUCCAGACAUUGGGUCAGUGCACCAGGUCAAUCUGGAGUAUCUGUCUCAGGUAGUGCAGGAGGGUGAGGGCUUCAUCUAUCCUGACAGUGUAGUCGGCACAGACUCUCACACUACAAUGAUCAAUGGCCUGGGUAUACUCGGUUGGGGUGUCGGAGGUAUAGAGACAGAGGCAGUAAUGCUCGGUCAGCCAGUCUCUCUGACUCUACCACAGGUGGUGGGAUGUAAGCUAGUGGGAUCCAUCAGCACUCUGGCUACAUCUAUAGACAUAGUUCUUUGUAUUACAAAGCACCUGCGGCAGGCUGGUAUCGGCGGCAAGUUUGUGGAGUUUUUCGGUCCAGGCAUGUCUCAGCUCUCCGCUGCAGACAGAACCACCAUUGCUAACAUGUGCCCUGAAUACAAUGCUACCAUCAGCUUUUUCCCUGUGGAUGACACCACACUCAAGCACUUUAAGCAGACCAAUUUCACAGAAGAGAGACUUGAACUUUUGGAAGCUUAUCUUAAAGCUGUGAAGCUCUUCCGGAGCUAUGACGACCAGGCAGAAGACCCUCAAUAUUCUGAGGUGAUUGAAGUAAACCUGAGCUCUAUUGUGCCCUACGUGAGUGGACCCAAACGGCCACAAGACCGGGUGCCUGUCACCUGCAUGAAGGAGGACUUCCUCAACUGCCUCAAUGAGAAGGUGGGUUUUAAAGGGUUCCACAUUCCAAGUGAAAAGCAAGACACCGUAGUGCCGUUUCUGCACGAGGGCACCAAGUAUACACUGUCCCAUGGAUCAGUGGUCAUCGCGGCAGUCAUCAGCUGCACCAACAACUGCAACCCCUCCGUCAUGCUCACCGCAGGCCUCCUAGCGAAGAAAGCCGUGGAGGCAGGUCUUUCAGUGAAGCCCUACAUCAGGACCAGCCUUGCUCCGGGCAGUGGCAUGGUUACACACUACCUCAAUGCCAGCGGAGUUCUUCCUUACCUCAGCAAACUUGGUUUUGAGGUUAUCGGUUAUGGAUGUGCCACCUGUGUAGGGAACACUGCACCUUUACCUCAGUCUGUGGUUGAUGCCAUCAAACAGGGUGAUUUGGUAGCAUGUGGAGUGUUGUCUGGUUCCAGGCACUUUGAAGGACGCCUCUGUGACUGUGUGCGUGCCAAUUACCUAGCUUCACCCCCACUCGUGGUGGCAUAUGCCAUCGCGGGCACAAUUGGGAUUGACUUUGAGAAAGAGCCUCUUGGUGUGGGCGCAGAUGGUACAGAACUGUUCCUGAAGGACUUGUGGCCAUCUAAGGAAGAAUUGCAUCACGUAGAGGAGAACAAUGUAGUCGCCUCAAUAUUCCGAGAGCUCAGAAGCAGGAUGCAGAAAGGAAGUACGUUUUGGAACAGCAUGGAUGCUCCUGAUGCUGUGCUUUUCCCUUGGGAUCCCAAAUCUACUUACAUUCGUUGCCCUCCUUUUUUCAACAGACUUUCUAAGGAGGUAUCUGGUCUUGGGUCAAUCGAGAAUGCUCACGCUCUUCUCUUUCUUGGGGACAAAGUCACCACUGAUCACAUCUCUCCUGCUGGCAGUAUUGCACGUGUCAGUGCAGCUGCAAAGUACCUACAGAGCAAACGCCUCACGCCCCGUGAGUUCAACUCUUACGGAGCACGGAGAGGAAAUGAUGCUGUGAUGACUAGAGGAACUUUCGCCAGCAUCAAACUUCAGAACCGACUCGUGGGCAAAACCGGCCCCAAAACCCUGCACAUUCCAUCUGGACAAAUGAUGGACGUGUUUGAGGCAGCAGAGCGCUACCAGAGAGACGGAGUUCCUCUCAUCAUCCUAGCAGGGAAGGAAUAUGGCUCAGGCAGCUCUCGGGACUGGGCAGCCAAGGGCCCUUACCUGCUGGGCGUGCGUGCAGUGAUCGCUGAGAGCUUUGCGAAAAUGCAUAAGAACCAUCUGGUGAGCAUGGGGAUUGCUCCUCUCCAGUUCCUCCCUGGUCAGAGUGCUGACUCUUUGCAACUUUCUGGGAAGGAGAGGUUCUCCAUCUCCAUGCUGGAGCAGGUCAAUACCCGGCAAGAGAUAACCGUGCUGACCAGCACUGGAAAGAGCUUCAGCGUGGUGGCUCUGUUUGAGAACAAGAUGGAUGUGACCUUUUACAAGCAUGGAGGCAUCCUGAAAUACGUGGCCCAUAGUAUGCUGCAGUAACCUCUCCAGCCUGCUUCAUCACGACUGGAAAGUCAUGUCCUGUGUUGCUCUCAGGAGCACAAGAAGAUCCUAAGAUAGUUUGCUGAUCCCCAAGCAGACAUACUGGUUGUAGAGCUAUUGGUGGCCUGGCAACGGCUCUGGACUUUCAAGGUCCUGGACUCUGCUGUGCCUGUUUUCUGCUGUUCCUCCAUCAUCCCCUGACCCCCUACAGGGCAGCUUCUGGAGGAUGUCUCUAUCCUGCACUUAAGAAAAUGUCUGCUGUUUGUUUCUCUAUAGCCUGCAGACCCACAGUGAUGUGAAAGGAAUCCAGAUUCCACACAUUGUGCUAGAGUUCUAGAGCUUCCAUUAACUAGCACAGUUUAUGCUCUGAUUUCCCAACUAUGGCUGUGGUGCAUGGUCCUUGGGAUGUCUGUCUCUAUGGGCAUUUCUGUUUGCAGUGCCUGCUUAGCACGUCAGUGGGCUUAGUGUCGAAGUCCAAGGAACUGGUGCUAGGCUCUCACACAGGCUACAUGAUGUCCAUGACUUGUUGGUGCUUCUCAAAGCGAUACUUUUAGUCUUUACUUCUACUAUUCUACUUGCAGGCAAAUGGGUGGAGCUUACUUUUUGUUUCAGUGUUUUAUUUUUUGUUUUGUUUACUUGUGGAAAAAAAUUAAUCUAGAGUGUAUGAAGUCAAACACGAUGCCUAACCUCACAUAUUCCCGCUUUUGUUUUUGUUCAUACCUUUUUUUUCCUUUGUUUUUGUUUUGUUUUAAUUCAUCUAUAUGAAGGGGAAAGGACUAUUUAUUUUGAUUCGAUGCAGUUCAAACUUUUUCAUUAUCCAUAUGCGGAACCAUUUCAUCACUGAUAUUUGUAAUGUAGUGUCGAUGCCUAGAUAUAGUAUCUACAAUAAAUGUGGUGUUUUCA